AUGUUGACAAUAAGUAUGAGAAAAAUAAUUGAGCUUCGGUCUGAAGGAGCCGCGAAGGAUUCCUGGAUCGAUGUCGGUAACGUAGAUAGUCACGUUCGAGCCACAACUCUCAAGGAUCUUGCUCCUAAUAAGAGGUACCAAUUCCGCGUCAAACUUCUCAAGGACGACAGUUCUGUGGUGCAAAGUCACGCAACUUCGUGGAUGAGUGUCGAUCUGCCAACUGAUGAUAUACUUCCCGUGACGCCUCUCGUAAAUUAA